AUCAGUGACUAUAGAUAUCUAUAGUGAUCUAUAGUCACUGCCUCCAUGGUACAUACAAAGUAUAACAAGAUUUAGUUGCCUAGAUCUGUUUAGAAGAUUUUAAAAACUAUAUUUUUCAUAAUUAGCCUCAUUUUCAAUUAAGAACAAUGAGGUUGACAGGUACUUUACUUUCAAAAAUAGGUGAAUGGUCUAAAAAAUAUGGAAAUUUGCCAGAUCGGUAUAUAGACCGCGUUAUGGAAAAGGUGUAUUGGAAAUCACCUCCGGGGAAACCGCAAUACCUUCGAAGGAAAAUAGUAGCAACAAAAAAAUUUUAUUUUUCUAUUCACCGACCAUGGACCACAACAUUUCAAGUCGAAAAUUUUAAACAUAAACGGAGAGAUUUCGUUCCAGUUGAACCCAUUAAAGAUUGGAGUUUCUUUCGCGGAGAUCGCGUCGAAGUACUUGUUGGAAAAGAUAGAGGAAAACAGGGAAUAGUGAGGGAUAUUAUUCAGGAAAGAAAUUGGAUUAUUGUACAAGGCCUAAAUACAAAGUUAAUAAUACAAGGAAAGACCAAAGAUUUUCCUGGUAUUUGUAUGCUUAUAGAACAACCAUUAUUAGUUACUACACAGGUUCAGUUAGUGGAUCCCUAUGAUUUAAAGGGAGCUCCCAUAGAAUGGAGGUAUACAGAAGAAGGUGAAAAAGUAAGAAUAUCAACUAGAUCUAAUAGAAUAAUUCCAAUACCUGUAUCGAGUAAAGAAACUAUAGACUACAAAUCCCCUGAAUUAUAUAUGGAACGGCCAAAAGAUACUGUUGCAGAUCAUGUAAAGGAGGUAACAUUUGAGGCUCAUCUAAAAACGUUUGAAAUGGAUAUUAUGGACAAGAUGGGUAUUAAAGAAGACCGUGUACCAAAGAAAUAUUUUUGGUACUAGUUUUGGUAUUAAUCUAUCAUGUUUUUUCAAAUAAAUAUUUAUAUUACUAUCCUCUUCUUUCAAUCACUUUGAGGAUUAUUUGAAAUGAAACUAAAAUCAGACACAUCAACGCUUCUGCAGUUUAAUUGUGUAAUUUAUUAUUAAUAAAAGUUAGAUUGCGAUAUUUUCUGUUCAUGAAAUGUAUAGAAAAUAUUUAUAGAAGGAAGGAUACAUAUACAUAACGUUAAGCGAUCGAUCGAAUAUUUCACAGAUACCUCUGUUAAAAUAAAAUGUAUUGUUAUCGUGUUUC